AUGACCGCGGAUCCUUUCGGUGUGCUCGACUCAUGGAACCAUAGCAUUGAUUUUUGCCAGUGGUACGGUGUUACGUGCGGCCAGAGGCACCGCAGGGUCACAGUCCUAGACUUGUCAUCACGAGGACUCUCCGGCCCAAUCUCUCCUCAUAUCGGAAACCUCAGCUUCUUAAGGAAAUUGCAGCUCCAAAACAACAGUCUCCAUCAUGAAAUCCCUCAGCAAGUCGGCCAGUUGCGCCGCUUGCGUAUCCUCCAAUUGAACAACAAUUCAUUGGUUGGCGAAAUUCCCACAAACAUAUCGGGUUGCUCAGAUUUGAUCGCCCUCUGGCUUGGGAUCAACCAACUAACUGGAGAAAUUCCUGGAGAGCUUGGUUCAUUCCCGAAGUUAUGGCAUUUCGACUUGUUUGGUAAUAAUCUGACUGGGGGUGUGCCUUCCUCCAUUGGGAACUUAUCUUCACUGGAGACCAUUCAAUUAACCCAGAACAACUUGGGUGGGAGCAUUCCCCAAGCUCUAGGCCACCUGGCAAAUUUGCAACUCAUGGCCUUUGAAGGAAAUAGAUUGUCGGGUACGAUUCCAUCUUCGUUAUUCAAUCUCUCUUCGCUAAUUGUGUUCGAUAUUGGAGGCAACUUGAUACAGGGUACUCUUCCAGCAGGCAUAGGCCUCAAACUCCUAGAUCUUGAAUUUUUCAGCGUUCCGGGGAACCAAAUUGAGGGGCCGAUUCCUCCCUCAAUAUUGAAUUGUACGAAGCUAGACGUACUUCAACUAGCAUUUAACAAAUUUUCCGGGAAAGUACCUUCUUUGAAAAAUUUGUACAGGCUUCGUUGGUUCCAAAUCUUUUCUAAUCAGCUUGGAAGUGGAAAACCCAAAGACUUGAGCUUCCUUUGCUCGUUAACUAACAGCACCAAGUUAGAGUACGUGGGUAUUGGAAAGAACAAGUUUGGUGGGGUGUUACCUAAAUGCAUAGGUAAUUUAUCCAUCUCUCUCAAAGGCCUUUCUUUAGACGAGAAUCAAAUAUCUGGUGAGAUUCCAGAAGCAAUCGGGAAUUUUGUCAACCUGGAAUCAUUGUGGAUGGAUGUCAACCAGCUUUCAGGUGCUAUUCCCCCCAAUUUGGGGAAUCUGCACAAUCUGGCGAACCUGAAAUUAAGUGAUAACAACCUAGGAGGGACUAUUCCAUCUUCUUUUGGAAAUCUAACCAAGCUGAUUCAACUAUAUCUUGGUGGAAACAACUUUGAUGGGCAAAUUCCUUCACAACUAUCAAAUUGCCGGUCUCUCGAUUUGCUUGAUCUGUCUAAUAACAAUCUCAGUGGUGCCAUACCCCCAGAGCUUGUAGGUCUCUCAUCAUUAGCGAUUAUUUUGAACUUGUCUCGUAACCAUUUGACAGGAGUUUUACCCACAGAAGUCAACAACUUGAGAGCUUUGACUACAUUGGACAUCUCAAACAAUUUGUUGGUAGGUGAAAUCCCAGGAAGUUUAGGUGAUUGCAUUGAAUUGACAUCAUUGAGAAUGGGGGGCAACUUCUUCCAUGGGUCCAUUCCUCAAUCACUCAAAUCGUUAGGAGGCCUUGAAGAGCUAGAUCUUUCACGAAACAAUUUGUCAGGUCACAUUCCAGAAUUCUUAUCGUUAUUUCGUUCCUUGAAACUUUUGAAUUUAUCGUUCAAUAAAUUUGAAGGCAUGCUACCACGUGAGGGAGUCUUUGAGAAUGCUACCUGUAUUUCUAUCAUUGGGAACAAUGAGCUCUGCGGCGGACUACCAGAAUUUCACCUCCCAACCUGCAUCUCCAAAAGCUUCAAGAGCAGAAAGAUUAAUGUGGUGAUAUUGUCCACUUCUAUUGUUUUCGGAGUUCUUGGAAUAGCUCUUUUUCUAGCUUUUAUAUAUCUCUACUGGUUGAAGAAGAAAGUAAAUGAACCAAUUUCAAGUUCAAUGGAUUGUUCACCUCCGAACAUAUCUUAUGGAACACUCCUAAAAGCAACCGACGGUUUUUCUUCAACGAAUUUGAUCGGAGUUGGAAGUUUUGGUUCUGUUUAUAGGGGCAUACUCGAGGAUAAUGGAAUUGCCGUUGCUGUGAAGGUGCUUCAUUUAGUUCGUCACGGUGCUCUUAAGGGCUUCAUGGUCGAGUGUGAGGCAUUAAAGAACAUCAAACAUCGAAAUCUUUUGAGAAUACUAACAGUUUGCUCUAGCAGUGAUUAUCAAGGAAAUGAUUUUAAGGCCUUAGUUUAUCAAUUCAUGGACAAUGGAAGCUUGGAAAUGUGGCUACACCCAAAUGCAACAUCAUCUCAUGGGAAUGAGCAUCCGAAAAAGUUGAAUUUUCUUCAAAGGAUCAAUAUUGCUAUUGGUGUUGCUUCUGCGCUCGAUUAUCUUCAUCACCAGUGCCACAUCCCCAUCAUUCAUUGUGAUAUAAAGCCAAGCAAUAUCCUCUUAGAUGUCGAGAUGGUCGCACAUGUUGGCGACUUUGGAUUGGCGAAAUUCCUUCUUGAAUCAUCCCUCGAUACUCUAGCUAAUCAGAUGAGCUCGGUUGGUGUUAGAGGGACAAUCGGUUAUGCUCCACCAGAAUAUGCAAUGGGAUGCGAGGUCUCUAGAGAAGGCGAUGUCUAUAGUUAUGGCAUCCUCUUGCUAGAGAUGUUCACAGGAUUGAGUCCCACCAACGAGAGAUUUUCAGAUGACUUCACCCUCCAUAGUUUUGUCGUAGCAGCUUUGCUCGAACGAGCUGUAGAAAUUACGGAUCACAUUUUGCUUUUAGAAAGAGAGAGUACUUUCAACCUCAAUAGUCCUCGGCAUUGGCUUUCUGAAAGCAAUGGCUUAUUUCAAGAGUGUUUGGUUACGGUAUAUAAAAUUGGAGUCGCUUGUUCCCAUCAAGUGCCUGGAAGACGGAUGAGCAUCAGUAGUGCUGCAAAUCAGCUGAAGAAGAUUAGGGGAAAAGUGUUAGCGUUGGGUUUUCGUGAACAAGAUGGAACUACUGCAGAAUAUGCAAUUAGAUGCGAAGUCUCAAGAGAAAGUAAUGCCCGCAAUUACAGCAUUCUCUUGCUAGAGAUGUUCACGGGACUAUAUGCCACCGAUGACACAUUGAGAGACAAUUUGACUCUUCACUUUGAUGCGGCAUUUUUGGCUGAAUGA